GGAUGACGCUGUGGUGUGGCAGCAGCACCUCGUGUGGAAUAGAUGUAGCGCAGUGAGCGUCUGGUGGAGCCCAGUUUGGAAGAUUAGGUGUUUCCUUCACUUUACUUACCGACUCCCCCUACAACUCGUAGAUCCUGGUGGUAUCUCCCGGAGAGGCAGGACCGGGGAGCAGCAGCAGAGCGGAGUAAGAGGCUGGUGUGAGCGGCUGGAUGUGGAGGAGUCGCUGCUUGGAGACCAGUGCCAGGAAUUCUCAGUAAAUAAGGGGAGACUCCAGGUUUCAUUGAGGAAGUUCUUCCCACUCCUGGAGAUAUCUUCAAGCGCCUGGCAUUGUGUGGUCCAGGGGUAAGGUUCUGGCACCAGAAGGAACGCUGCUCACAUCGUGCUUCCCUUUCUUCUGCCUGUUACUGCUGGGAAUUCACAUCGGACGGUAUCACAAAACCCUCUAUACGGGGGAAACCUGGGGUUACAACACAAUAGCAGGGGCGAUGCCUUCCUUUCAUGUACCCUCUUUGUUGGAACUCUGGAGGAGGGGGUCUGGACUAAGAAAUAUGAAGGGGUUGCUAUUACUAGUCAUAGUGUUUGUGCAGGCUUUGGGUAGUGUAUGGUCUCAGUCCGAACAACAGAUUCAGUGCCCCAAAUCAUGCGAGUGUUCGGAUUUAGCCCGGACUGUGAAAUGUGUGAACAAGAGUCUAAAGGAGGUGCCCAAAAACCUCCCAUCUUAUGUGAAGAAUCUCUUCAUCACGUACAACAACAUACACAGUGUGCAGGAGGGAUCCUUCAAUGAAGUCUUAACGAACCUUACCAAUCUCAGUCUAAGUAGUAACCACCUCCAGGAACUGGGCAGAAACACCUUCAGAAACCUUCCAGGUCUACAGCAUCUGGAUCUUAGCAACAAUAAGUUGGCCAAUAUUAGCGACUUGUCCUUCCAAGUUGGUGGUGGCCUUAGCAGUCCACUGCUGGAGUUGAACCUCCGUAGCGCUCUCUUCAAUGAGUCCAUGAUCUUCUUUGUGGCUGGUGCCCUGCAGAAUGGAUCGUUAAGUAACCUCCAGAAGCUAAGCUUGAGUGGGAACAAUCUAAUGUACUUGCCAACGGACAUGUUCGGUUCAUUGCCCAGCCUAACACACCUUGACCUGAGCAACAAUUCCCUGGUCAGUCUCCGAUCUGGGAUUUUCACCAACCUUGACAGCCUUGAGACUUUGGAUCUGAGAAACAACUCUUUAAAAAACCUAAGGAAUGCAACACUUUUCGAUUUUUCCAGUCAACCUGCUUUGUCCGUGUUCCUCGAGGACAACAGCUGGGUCUGCACCUGUGAAAUUGAACUAUUUCUUAACUGGCUCAAGGACAUGACAAUAGUGAAGGAUUCAUCCAGCUUGCUUUGCUCCGAGCCAGAGAAGAUGAGGAACAUUUCAUUGCUUUCAGUUAAAAUCUCUGAGCUCGAGUGCCCGCCAUAUCCAGAUGACACCAGCUUACAAACCUCCUAUGUUUUUCUGGGUAUCGUGCUAGCCCUCAUCGGAGUGAUCUUUCUGCUCGUCUUGUAUCUGAACAGGAAAGGGAUUAAAAAGUGGAUUUACAACAUCCGAGAUGCAUGCAGAGACCACAUGGAGGGCUAUCACUACAGAUACGAGAUCAAUGCAGAUCCCAGGCUGACAAACUUGAGCACAAACUCUGAUGUAUAAAGAAUUUUUUGGUGGACCAGAGCAACACUUUAUCUAUGCAUGAACUUAUUGUACAGAUAAUGCAUUUAACCGUGAGCUUGCUCUCUUCACUCCCUGCUGCAGAAGUAGACAAUGGCUCCACGCAGGGCUUCUGAAUGCCUCCAUCUGACUGUGAAUUUAUUGCUGCUUUCUAAUUUUCUCUGUACUGUAGAGUCUGGACUUCGCAUGCUGACCAUCCACACAGAGCAGACUGGUUUUGCUGUUCAUAGGAUGCCACUCCUAAAAGAACAAUGUUGGACAGUAGCAGAGCAGCAACAAGACUUAGCUUUUUAUCUUUUACUUGGUUUCCUAUCGGUACCACCCGUUGCCAAUCCAGAUACCAGUCACUGACAACUGCCUCAAGAUAUGUUUCUUUUUUUUUCCUUUUUUUUUAUUUUUUCAUUUCUUUUUUCUUUUAUAUACUGGUUUGUGAGAAUGCUUCCAAAGUUGCAGUUCUUUUGCAUGUCUAACAUGAGGAGCUAUACAGCAGCAUGUACAAUGUCUCCCUGUUUUUAAUGAUUUGAGAUCCUUACUUGGAGAACAUCAACAGUAAUACUUUUGCACUGUUUUUUGUAAAAGAGAUAUGCAGUUUAUAUCAAAUCCCAAAUUUCUAUAAACUGCGCCCGAUUUUAAUAACUCAGACUCAAUAAAGAAUAUAUUAAAAUAAUUAGUGUGUGGAUGUUUUCUGCCAAAAGAUCUUCCACCUACAU